CGAAGUCGGACGUCGCUGAAUCCGUUUCGAGUGCAGUUCGGAAUAUUUUUUAGAGGCGAGAGUGCGUAUUUCUAUGAAAUCAAUUUCGUGAAAAGGAAACUCAGUGCAAUUUUCGGUAACGAAGAGGGAAGACCGAGUAGGUCCGAGCCAUGAUGAGGACGAUGAAUCCUUGUCAUGCAUUGCGACUUUUAAUUGGUGCAGUUUUCUGUUUCCUCCUCCUGGUGGGAAGCACAAUUGCCGAUGGCAGCUGCAGCAAAGGAUGCCCCCAAUCUGAUAAUGGCCUCUUGAAGUAUACACCGGGUAAUGUCUACGACUAUGCAUUCGACAGCAUUCUAACGGUUGGCCUGAGCUCAGGCCUCGUGACUGAGGCGGACGACACCAGUCUCAAAGUGACGGGCUCGGCAAAGAUCUUCGCCCAGGGCAACUGCGGCUACACGCUACAGCUGGGCGCCGUAAAGGUCAGCAACACCAAGGAGUCGGUGGAGAAGAAAAUCCUCAGCAACAUACAAAAGCCCGUGCACUUCACACUGGCCAGCGGCCAGGUUGAGCCACAAAUCUGUACGGAUGGCAGUGAUUCAGCCUACUCGUUGAACAUUAAGCGCGCCAUCAUCUCUCUGCUGCAGUCGAGCACCGCUGGGGAGAACGAGGUUGAUGUUUUCGGCCAGUGCCCUACGCACACAUCGACCUCUAAGGUGGGCAACGCCGAAGCCAUUACCAAGGUGCGCAAUCUGAACAAGUGCGCGCAUCGCGAGCAAAUAAACAGCGGUCUGGUCUCUGGAGUCGUAAACGAGAAGGCGGGCAUUCGCUCCUCACUGCUGCUGCAGGCCGACUAUACCAAGGAGUCGAAGAUUGAGCGUGGCGUGGUGUCAAAUGUGCACCUGGUGGAGCUGUACAAAUUCACUGGCACCACCAAGGGCAACUCUGAUGUUAGCGCCAAGGUUGUGACCAAUCUUGUUCUGAAGUCUCCAGCUGGUUCGCCAGGUGCUGCUCCGGCUACUGGCUCGCAGACUGCCAGCAUUAUCUUCCAGAAACCCGAGACCUACACAGCGAAAAACAUCAACGCCUUAAAGACAGCUCUAUCGGAACUGGUGGACCUGACAAGCGAUUACGUGAAGAAAGACAGUGCCAAGAAGUUUGUGGAGCUCAUCCGCUUGCUGCGCAGUGCCGACACUGAUACCCUCUUGGAGCUGGCUGGCUUUCCCCACCCAAACAAGGAACAGGCCCGUAAAGUCUACCUGGAUGCACUUUUCCGCACCAACACCGCAGAGUCCGCGCGUGCAAUACUGAAGCAAAUUAACAAGCUGGACGAUCGUGAAAAGGUUAUUGCCAUAUUGUCAUUGAAUCUUGUUGAGACUGUUGAUAAAGAUACAGUAAGUCUUGCGGCCAACCAACUAACUCCCAACGCUCGCAAGGAACUUUAUUUGGCUGUGGGUAGCCUGGUCUCCAAGUACUGCGCCCGCAAUGGUUGCGAGCAAAGCGAUAUUGACGCGGUUGCCAAGAAGUUCGCCGAUGGCCUGAAGGGUUGCAAAGCCAACACAAAGAAGGAUGAGGAACGUAUUGUGUACGUCCUGAAGGGUAUUGGCAAUGCCAAGCAGUCAUCUGAUAAUGUGGUCAAUGCUUUGGCUCAAUGUUCUUCGCCUGGCCCCUCUACUCGCAUACGCGUUGCCGCUUUGCAAGCCUCCUCGGCCAUUGGAUGCAAUGCACAACUGCGUGCCAAGGCCCUGGAAGUACUAAAGAAUCCCAACGAAGACUCUGAGCUGCGUAUUGAAGCCUAUUUGAGUGCAAUUACUUGCCCGACUGCAGAAGUAGCCAAUGAGAUUGCAGAAGUUGUGAACAACGAGAAGGUAUAUCAAGUGGGUGGAUUUAUUGCAUCUAGUUUGAAGGCCAUUCGCGACUCAACGGACGCUACACGCGAAGAACAGCGUUAUCACCUUGGAAACAUCCGCGUGACCAAGCAGUUUCCCAGAGAUUAUAGACGCUACAGUUUCAACAAUGAAGUUUCCUACAAAUUGGAUGCCUUGGGUCUGAGCGCUAGCUCUGAUUACAAGCUGAUUUACUCACAACAGGGCUUCUUGCCUAGAUCUGCCCGCUUGAACGUGACAACCGAGAUCUUUGGCACCAACUUCAAUGUGUUCGAGGCCAGCAUACGGCAGGAGAAUCUUGAGAACGUACUGGAAUACUAUGUGGGACCCAAGGGUUUGCUGAACAAAGACUUUGAUGAGAUUGUCAAAAUGAUUGAAGUUGGUAAUGCUGGCGUUGGAGGUCGUGCCAGACGUUCCAUUGCAGAUGAUGCCGCCAAGGUUUCCAAGAAGUACAAGACUUAUGGUAGCAAGAACACACACGACCUGAACUUAGAUCUAUCUCUGAAGCUCUUUGGCUCUGAGCUUGCCUUCCUCAGCUUGGGAGACAAUGUGCCCAGCUCUCUGGACGACAUUAUCAAAACAUUUUCCGAGGUCUUCGAAAAGGCUAAGAAGGAGCUGUCUUCAUUUGAAAAGGAGUUCUCGUGGCAUCAUCUCUUCCUCGAUACCGAGUUCGCCUAUCCUACGGGUGUUGGUGUGCCCCUAGAGUUCUCAGCUCAGGGCUUCGUGGCAAACAAAGUUGACUUUGGUAUUAAUGUCGAUGUAAAUGCUAUACUGGAGCAGGAUUGGCAGCGUGCCACCUACCGUUUGAAGGCCGUACCCAGCGUUGAUGUGAACGUGAAUGUGCAACUCGGUUUCAAUGCUCAGGUGCUGGCAUCCGGACUGCGAGUUACCUCCACUGCUCAUUCUGCCACGGGAAGCGACGUCAGCGUCGGCCUCAUCAAGGGCGCCGAAGGCUUCAAUGUCGAUGUGCAACUGCCGCGUGAAAAACUUGAGUUGAUUGAUAUUGAAAUAGCAACGGAGUUUUAUGUGGCCGAGCAGGGCAAGCCACUGAAAUCGGUACCUCUGAAGACUGCCAAGAAGCAACAAAAGAGCAGUGGAAAUGAGGCCUGUUUCACCCCAUUGGAGGUUGUAGGCGUAAAGCUUUGCGCUAUUAGCUCAACUGUUUCGGAUCUGAGCAGCGGCAAAGUGUCUUCAGGCGAUACCUUCAAUUUGGCCCAGCCCUUCUCCGCUUCGGUAUAUGUGGUUACCGAACGUAAGUUCAACUUCAGAGGAUCACAUACAGUUCAGCAGGGUGUUAGCCAGCAAUGGAAGCUAGACUUCAGCACGCCCGGCUCGAAAGUUUCGCAUGAUACCAGUCUGACUUUUGAGCUAGGUUCCAAGCCACGCACCUAUGGUCGUCUUUCCCUCGACAAUCCCCAAUAUCAAUUUGCACUUGAAGCUGGCAUCAACAACGAUCAGCGGGAACUGGUUCUCUAUGGUCAGUAUGAGCAGGACAAGAACAUCAGAAAGAGCAAGAUUGGCUUCCUUAAAAAUGGCAACGAGUACAAACCAGUCAUUGAGGUGCAGGAUCAGAAUGGUGUGAGCAACAGCAUUAAUGGCUAUCGAGCCGAUGGCAAGGUAGUGGUACAGAAAACUGGCGAUAAGCAGUCGCGCUUUAGCUUCGAAAACUUCCAAGUGACGGGUCCCUCCAAUGAACGCGUCGUAGUCAAUGGUUGGGCCGAUGUGGGCCAAGCAUCACUGAACUCUGAACUUCGCAUUGCUCCCGGUCAGGAGUCCUAUUUCGUGAAAGGCAACUUCAAGCUCGAGGGUGGUCAAUAUGCUGCUGGUCUCUUUAUCAACGAUGAGCGUCAGCCCGACAAUGUGUAUGGAGGUUCAGCUCAACUUUCGGUUGCUGAUCAAGCCUACGCUUUGAAGGUGACUGGCAAAGCAGUGGCCUGGACUUUGGAUAGCGCAACAGAUCUACAGUACUCCAAGCCUGAAGGCUCAAGCAGCGUGAGGUCCAGCACUUUCUCACAGGAGCUGUCGGUGAAGAAUAAGAACAAGCCAGUUGGUGCAGUCAAGGUAAAGGCAUCUAGCGAUGUAAACAAAUUCCAGCUAGAAGCAGAAGCUUCUCGUGAACAGAAGGUCGCAUCUUUAAAUGUCAAAUAUGAAAGCAAUCAGCGCUCGGUGCAUGACUAUGCUUUGGAGGCCAAUGCCAAACUAAAUAAGCAUUUCAUCGAUGUCCUAGCCAAGUGCGAUGUGAAUGGAAAUCUUUAUGUAAUUGAUAAUGUUGUAAAGACUAGCUGGGGUACUUCAUUGACUGCCAAGGGUGAAUUAGGCCAACGAUACACGCCUCAGGAUGUACACAUAAAUCUGCAGGGCAGCGCUCAGCUCAGCAACAAGGAUAAGCCAACACAAUGGAUACUCAAAGUCAUUGGAACCCCUGAGAAAACAAACAGUGAACUGCGCGUCAGUCGCGACAAUGCCGAGCUCGUCAAGUUCACCGGAGAGUCGCAACACCCACAAGACAAAGUCUCAGCUGCUAAGGUGAACUUGAUCGUCAAGAAUUUGUUAACGGCCAAAGGCGACUUCAAGUUGGCCAAAAAUGGCAAAGGUGAUCUGACUGCCACCAUUGAAACCCAAAAGACUGAACCCAAACAUAAGGUUGAUAUUGACACGAAAUUCCAUAUACAAGCGCCCAAAUACGACAUUGAGACAAGCAUUACGCUCGACAGCGACAAAAAAAUCCACCUGAAAUCCGAAAACAACAUUGAUAAGCUGAAAUUCUCCACAAAGAAUGUGCUUACGGCUCUGGACAAGAAAGUCUCCUUCGAUGCUAGCGGCAGCGUGAAAGGCGAGUUGCGCACCAAUGGCGAAAUUCAGGGUAACUUUGCACUAACCGCCCCCGAUGGACGCGUUGUAGAUGGCAGUAUUAACCGCAAGACGAGCGCAAAUGCCAAGACUGGCAUUUCUCAGAGCAACAUAGAUCUGCAAGUCAACGAUCAAGAUCCCACCAAUGGCAAGAAGCGUUCAAUAGUGCUUAAGAGCAAGCUGGAUGUUGCAAAGAACAAAGAUAUAUCUGCUAACAAUCAGCUGACGUAUACCGAUUUUGAUGGUCAGGAAACUGAGGUGAAAAGCCACAUCAAGACUGUGAAAAAUGGUCCCAAAUCGACUCUUGAUGCAGGCGUGUCUGCACGCAGCAAUCUCCUCUCCCAACCCAUCGACAUCUCCGUUGUGCUUGAGGAAUACCCUGAUCAAGGUGAAUCGGUAGGCCGUGUUUCGGGAAAAUAUGGCAAUCGCGUAACAACCAAUGUCAAUGGCAAAUAUAACUUGGGCGACUCCAGCACGCCCGCCACCUUUGAGAUUCAGGGAAAUUUGCAAGUGCCUGAGACCGGCAUCAAGUCGUUGCAGUUAAGCGCAAAUGGCAAGUUCCUGAAACCCGCUGUAGAAAUUGGUAAUGGUGCCUAUGUUUUGGAACUGUUCGUCGAUGGUAAAACGGGCAGUGGCCAGUUUGUUCGCCUUAACACUGACUGGAAGGGCUCAAAUCAGGAGGGCAGCUACAAAUUAGAAGCACAAACCAAUAACAUGGAAGCCCCUCUGAAAUUUGAUGGCUCAUACCAGCGUGAACAGGCGGGCAGUCUGAGGGAAGGCGAUAUCAAUGGCAAACAGAAGUUUGCUUUUAAUAUAAACUACGCAGACAAGUACUUGAAAUCCAGUGCUGAUCUGAGCUAUGCUGCUGCUGAAACAGCCACACUACGCUUGAACCUGGACACAAGUGUGGAGGGCGUCAAGAACAUCGAGGUUAAUUUGCGCAGUCACAAGGCAGUUGAGGACACGUACGUUAUCGCUGCACAGGCCAAGCAGGAUGGAAAAUCCUAUGCUCUAGACACUAAGCUCUAUCGCUCCUCACACAAGAAGGGCUUUGAUAUUAGUGUAACGUUGCCUCAAGGCCAGCCCAUAGUGUUGGUGGCCAUUGUAGAAAUUUUGGGUGAGCGCAAGGCCAAGUUUGCAUUGGACAUUCAAAAUCUGAUUGAUCUGGAUUUAAAAAUCAACACGGAAUCCGCCUACAAUAAUAUCGAUGACUUCUACAUUACGAACCAAUGGACCUCGAAGAAACUGAAACUAGACAACUAUGAUCUGGAUGUGCGCGGCCAGGGCAAGGCCAUCACUGCACAGCUUAAGAAUGCUCAGGGACAAGUAUUUUCGGGUACAGCCACGUACACGCUAAAGAAGGAGAAAAAUAAGUCCAUCAUUGAGGGCCAGGGCCAGGUGCAAUAUCAGGGCAAGUCACACAGCGGUAACUUCAAGCUGACACACCAACUCUACGAGCUGGCGACCGAAAAGGAAGUUGGCUUCUCCUACACCGUCAAUGGUAACUUUGGACCUAAAAAUGGAGUUUCCACGCUGAAGAUAACAAACAAGGAGUUUAACACGAAGCUUUCCGUCUGCGAGGAGAAGAAGCAAUGCACCAAUGUUCAGGUACAAUCCAUCAUCACAGCCGACGAACAAAAACUGGACUCUGUACAGCAUGCAGUGAUCGUUCUAGUGGAUCUGCGCGAGCUGGGCUACCCCUACGAAUUCGAACUAAAAUCCAAGACGACACGUCAAGGCUUCAAAUACCAAUACAAUCUCGAUAGCGCCAUUGUGUCCGGCAAUAACAAGAAGUACCAGCUGACAGCUAAUGUGGUUCCCACCUCAUUAAUUGUAACGCUCGUGCUGCCCAGCAGGGAGGUUGUUUUCGAAACCACCCAGCAGAUACCCACGGAUAACAAGGUCUUUGGCCAUUAUGAGCUAUCGGCUGCAUUCUACAUUGACAAGGCGAACCGUCCAAAUGAUGUAGCUCGCGUUGUGGCUGCCGUGGACGUUGGUGGUGUGGAACGCAUUGCCGUCAAUGCCAAGGGUCAAGUGAAGCUGGAACAUCCAACCAUUCGUCCACUCGUCAUCUCGGGUAGCCUCGGUGCGAAUCGCGAACAGCGUUUCGUCAACACUGAAGUAACCAUUGACAUCUUCCGCACCCCCGAUCAAAAGAUCAUUGCCUCCAGUGAAUUGCGUGAUACUCAAGGACAAAAUGGCUUUAACAUCACCUCGCGUCAGCAGCUUCGCUCCACUGGUCUGCAAUUACAGUACGAGCUGAACGCUCAUUCUGCCUUUAAUACUAAGACCACCGAAUUCAGCAGUGGUGCCGAGCUGCAAAGCGCCACCAGCGAACUAAAAGUUGGUGCCUUCGUCAUCGCCAACAAGGAACGCUUGGAGGUCUUAGUCAACGCCCUGGACGAACAGAUUCUGCAUAUUGCCGGCAACUUCAAUACUCAGAAGAGCAUUGUUAAGCUCAACACUAAGCUGCAAGCAUUUGGACAAAAGCCUGUGGAAAUCACUUCUGAGGUGCACCCAACACUAGCCAAGAUCACUGUUAAGCGUCAGGGUCUUGUUGAUGCCAAUGCUGAGGUCAAACUUGGCAAGGAAUUCAAGUUCGAUAUUGUCGGCAGCGGUAAGCCAUUGUUUAAUGGACGUGUUGCUCUCGAUGCAGCUAAUUUCCUGCAGACCACCUACAAAUCGAAUGACCAGGAUGUCGACGGUUUCCUGAAAUCUGCGGAGGCUGAAAUCAAACAAGAGACUGAAGUCGUUACGCAGAAGAUUAAGCAGCGUUUCGAAAAACUGCGUCAGCGAGUUGAAGAGCAAGUUAAAUUGGCCAAGGAGAGUACCCCAGACUUCCAGAGGCUGAAGGACAGCUAUAACUCCAAUGCCAAGGCAAUUGUCAAGGAACUGGAAAGCGACCCAUCAUUGGCGCCCAUUAUUAAUGCCAUCCAAAAUUGGUACGAGAAGAUUGAAAAAAUCAUCGACCAAAUUACCAAGACUUCAUCGGCAACGUUCGAAAAAUUACAGAAGACUGUCGUUGAGCUGUACGAACAGGCGCAAACCGUUUGGAGAGACUCAUUGCUUAAGACAUGGGAAGAGAUUGUAGUUGCUGCGACCAAGCUGGUUGGACAGGCCCGCAUCGAAAUUGUAAAUGCAUACACGAAAGCCUUACAACAAAUUUUGGAAGUUCUCGAGAAAUACGGCCCGGAACUAAAGAAUUAUGGCAAAGCGAUUAAAGAAGCCAUCAAACCACUGAGUGAAGCGGCCCAAGAACUAUUCAAGGUUACAAUAUCUGCCACCGAAGAGUUGAUUCAGGAUCUCAAAGAAUAUCUGGAGAAACUGCCCACAUUCGAUGCCAUUCGUGAUGAGGUAGCAGACAAGCUGCAGAAGCUCCAACUGGUAGAGAAGACGCUGAUUUUCCUCAACAAUGUCUUCGAUCAACUGCAAAUUCUGCCACAGACACCUGAAACCACCGAAUUACUGCAGAAGGUACAUGAGUAUUUGGAAAACAAACUGAAGCGACAGCCCGUCAACGAUGAACAAGUGCUCGAAGAGCUGGCUAAUCUGCUGCUCAAGGCACUGCGCUCCAUUUGGGCAGCCAUUGAGACUAAUGCACCAGCCGGCGUCCCCGGCGCAGCCAGUGGUGAUCUGCAGGCCUGGUUCGGCUCGCUACCCAGCACUGCGGAUACACUCAUCAAGUUGCCCUCACUAUUAUCCUUCCGCGCUAGUGUCAUUAACUUCCUGCUUAACGAGAACUGGGACAACGUCUUCAGCAAGAAUCUGUUCCAAUCGUGGGUCUUCUUCCAGGACUUUGAACUGCGCGGUCACAUUGUCGAUGGCCAACACAUCUUCACAUUCGAUGGCCAGCACUAUGCCUAUCCAGGCAAUUGCAAAUUGAUUUUGGCGCAGGACAGUGUUGAUAACAACUUUACUGUCGUCGCUCAACUGAACAAUGGAAAACUGAAGGCAAUCACCCUGGCCGAUCGUGAUGGCAACUUCGUCGAGGUUGCCGAUAAUGUCGCUCUGAAGGUAAAUGGCAAACCUGUGGAAUAUCCACAGAACUUGCCUGGAAUUCACGCUUGGCGUCGCUUCUACACGGUCCAUUUGCAUUCGGAAUAUGGAGCAACCGUUAUGUGCACCACAGAUCUUAAGGUCUGUCACAUCCAUGUCAAUGGUUUCUACACAAGCAAGACCCGAGGUCUGCUGGGCAAUGGCAAUGCAGAGCCCUAUGAUGAAUAUCUGCUCAUUGACGGCACUCUGGCCACUGAUUCUGCUGCUCUUGGCAAUGAUUAUGGUCUGGGCAAGUGCCCUCCUGUUGCAUUCGAUAUUGGACAGGUUGAUAGUCCAGUACGCGCUGAUAUUUGCAGUAAAAUCUUUGGUAUUGAGUCACCAUUGUCGCUAAGCUUCUUGGCCUUGGACUCAAAACCGUAUCGCAAGGCCUGUGACAUUGCUGUACAAAAGGUUGCCGAGAAGGACAAGGAAGCUGUCGCCUGUACCUUUGCUUUGGCCUAUGGAUCUGCUCUGAGAUUCCAAAAUAAGUGGGUCGUGCUGCCAACUGCCUGCCUGAAAUGCGCCGGUCCCGCUGGUCAACGUGAGCUCAAUGAGGAAUUCACCGUUAAGAUACCGACCAACAAAGCCGAUAUCGUAUUUGUCGUCGAUGUGAACGUCAAACCUGUAGUGUUAGCCAAUCUCAUUGCCCCAGCCAUAACUGAAAUACGUGAAUCGCUCAAGUCCCGUGGCUUCUCCGAUGUCCAAGUCGGUGUUGUUGUCUUCGAUGAAACAAAACGCUACCCCGCUCUCCUCACCAGUGACAAUGGAAAAAUCAACUACAAAGGCAAUGUAGCCAAUGUGCAGUUGAAUGGACCGAAGAACUUCUGCGACAACUGCGUUGAACAAAUCAUAACUGAGAAGCGCAUUCUAGAGCUCUAUAAUGCUCUGGAGCGUUUGAUUAAGAAUGUUGUGCCACAGGCCGAUGAGAAGGCGUUCCAAUUGGCUUUAGACUACCCAUUCCGUGCUGGCGCGGCCAAGAGCAUCAUUGGAGUGCGCAGCGACUCGCUCGAGUACAACAAUUGGUGGAAAUUCGUACGUGCCCAAAUUAUAGGAACUGUGACUAAAUUCGACGGCGCUUUGCUGCAUCUGAUUGCACCAGUAAAAGGAUUCUCCUUGGAGGGUGUACAAGCCGAAAAAUUAGUUGGUUUUAACUCGCGUCUGGUGGCCACAGUCGAUGGCAAGGAUAACAAGAAGCGCGCGAAACUGCAGUUCGAUAAUGAUAUGGGCAUUGACUUUGUACUAAACAACGGCGGCUGGGUGUUUGCCACACAGAACUUUGAAAAAUUGAAGGCCCCAGAGCAAAAGAAGGUUCUCAACCAGGUCACAACCUCCAUUGCUGAUACACUUCUCAAGACCGAAAUAGUUAGCGAUUGCCGCUGCCUGCCCGUCAAUGGUCUUCAUGGCCAACACAAGUGCGCCAUUAAAUCCUCGAGCUUUGUGCCCAACAAGAAGCCGAAGGCAGCGUAAAACCUUUGUCCGGUUCUAACUUUUGGAACACAAUCUAAUUUUUGAUAUGCAAAAUGUUGUAAUGCUUAGAUUGUAAAACAAUACAUAAAUAAAAUUAAAAAUAUAAAUUAUAAUAAUA